AUGUUCCCCUGGAAGUUAAUGCCAAGCACACUUGCAGACAACAAUGUUUGCAUCAAAGGCUACCCUGCACACAAUUGUGUCCUGCCAGGUGAGACACAUGGUGUUACCUCGCAAUCGAAGAGCAAGGGCAUCGCUAGUCUUACGCAGAAGGAGGUCACAAUCCUCGUAGAGGCUUUGAAGGUGAAGACUAUGUACGUAGAGAAAGUUAGCAUCAUGAAACGAGCAGCAGUAUCAGCUUCUGAGAUACCUGUCAUUAUCGGCGAAGCUCCCCCAUCAGACUAUCCUCAUGCAGGUGCUCGACGUCUAUUCAUUGAUGGUCAUAUGGACUACAAUGGUCCACCUCGCCUCAAGGCUAGUGCUGCAACUAUGAAAGUCAAAAAAUCUGCUACUUCGGCAGGGAAAUCAUCUAUGCAUCCAGAAGUACUGAUACCUCCUCCAUCCCGGCCCUUCAAGAUUGUUCCCAGGCCUCCAGCUCGCGAAGUCAUUGAAGUACGAUCUACUUCAUCCGAUUCUCAAGACGAACAUGGCCGACCAGAACCAGCCUCUGAGUCGGAGUAUGAAGAUGCAUCCCAUGGCAAGAGGAAGAGGUGGAAGCCCAGUGGUGAGCUGCUCGCAUCAGAGAAGAGCACAUCACCUGUAGACCUUCUUCCAAAAGCAGUGAAGACCGACAGCAAACCAUCGAAAGAAAAAAUUGGACCGUCAUCACAGGGCCCUAUUGCUUCACCCUCCAAAGGGAGUUCAUCAUCUCCGUUGACCGUGGAGUCAUCAGGUAAUGAGCGGGAUGCUCCUGCUGGGACUAAUACAAACAACGCUAAGCGCCUUCGUGAUGGGCCCUCCAACAAAGCUGAAGACACAAAAGGUCACACUAAAGCACAACUGGCUAAGAAAGGUUCCCAUCCGAAGGGUCGUCUUGGCUGGGCCCUUCGUGCGAUAUAUUCUGAUGCUGAGUCUGACGGUGAAAGCAUCAAGCUCCCGUCCCCAAAACCCACCCCUGUCAAUAUAGAAGACUCUGCAGUUUCAAGCCGUGUGGACACACCCGCAGAAACUACAGAGGCGCCUGUGCAAUUGCCAUCAUCCAAUACAGAGACCAACAGUGCACGCACUCUGCCUCCAUGUGAAGGCGAUGCCGUCGGUGAUAUUGGCCAAGUUGCAGCAGCGUUGCAACAACUGGGUGGUUCUUCUGCCACGGAGCUUCCUCCUUUGCCUCAGAGAGGAGGUGGAGGAGGUGAUGAAUCAAUUCUCAAGACCUGCCUGCAAAUACUGACCACCAAUGUGAGGAGUCUGCGCACUCUCAAGAUUCCUUCCAUCACAAAGUACAUGAUCCUCAUGAACCUGUCCAUCAAGUAUCUUGCGAACCCGACCGUCAAAUUUCUUGUGAACCCAUCCAUCAAGAUCUUCGGAAUCAUUUCCAUCAGGAUCGAGGGAAUUAUCCUUUCUACAACUCUCGUGGGCCUCCUGACCCUCAUGGUCCUUUCCUUCCUGACCCUCGUGAAUGCCUUAAUUGAGAGGUGCAUGAUCCUCACAUGCCUGGUUGUAAUACCCAUGACGCAUCCUAUCAUAAUGUCUUCGCAGCUGCAGGAUUACCAACACCUCCGUCCACACAAUGUAUACUAUCAUCGCAAUGGCAAUGGUUACGAAAGCCCUCCUGAGCACUAUGAUACUUGCAAUCCUACACGAGAUCUGUCCCCAGUAGCAGAAUCCAGCAUGGAUUACAGCAUGGAACGGGAGCGCAGUCGCUCACAGGCAUACCAUGACAGAUAUGGCCCGGCAGUGGACCAUGGAUACACACGCCGUGAAUAUGGACCUCCCCGUGGUGAUUUUGACGAUCGCGGCCAUAGAUUUCCUCCCCAGCACAGCAGAGGUCACUAUCAUGAUCCCCACACCCAUGGGAGACGACUUGGAUACAACGCAGACUCUAGGUGGGCCAGUCACGAUUCACGCAGCCCAUACUAUGGACCAAGUCCCAACUCGAACUCCCAGGCAGAGUACCCAGACAAGGUGCCUCCUUCUGCUUGA